GAUGCCAGGACUGGUCACCUCUAUGCUCUUAAGAAGAUUCGAUGUCCUUUCGGAAGUGAUUCAGUAAAAGCUGCGAUGAGAGAAGUUGAAAUGUACAAGCAAUUUCAGCAUGAGAACAUUAUCAAAGUUAUCCAUGUUUACGAUUUAAAUCAGAAUGGAAAUCUUCAAGACGCCAUAAACAAUAAUUUGGUGCAUGAAACUCAUUUCAACGAAAAAGAUAUGCUUAAAGUGUUCCGGGGAAUUUGCCGUGCCGUUCAAGUGCUCCAUAAGUAUAGAAUUCCGAACGGACCUACCGCCCAGUGUGAUGAUGGUGUCGUACCACACGCACACAGGGACAUCAAACCUGGUAACAUUUUACUAUCCGAUGAUAUGCAAACACCCAUUCUGAUGGAUUUCGGCUCCUUAGUCCGAGCACGAAUAAAGAUUCAAAAUCGCACUGAUGCGUUGAUACAACAAGAUUUAGCAUCAGAACAUUCCACCAUGCCUUAUCGCGCACCGGAGUUACUUGACGUUAAUACUAAUACAGAACUGAACGAAAAAGUUGAUAUUUGGUCAUUGGGGUGUACACUGUAUGCCAUGUCUUACGGAAAAUCGCCUUUUGAGAACAGCCUCAACGAACAAGGUGGAUCAAUAACAUUAGCCGUACUUAGUAAUCAAUUCAAGUUCCCUAGUGUUGAUCAAGAUAGGUACGAAGAUUUAAUUAGUUUUAUGUUAAAAGUCGAUCCUAAAGAACGUCCCGAUAUCGACCAGAGUUGA